AAACUGCAAGACAGGUGCUACGUUUGCUUUCAAAUAGGGCAUCGUGCCUCCAGAUGUACCAGGAGGAGGAAGUGUGUGCAUUGCUCAAAGAUGCACAAUAGAGCAUUGUGUCGACAAAAGGUGCAGCGGGACAGCUGUAACCCAAGUAAGGACAGCGGACGGGAGAAGUCUACACAUUAGACUUUUACUUGAUUCGGGAAGCCAACGUACCUACAUCACAAACAAAAUAGCUAAAUUACUACAUAUCAAACCUGACGGAGAAGAUUGUCUAAUGAUUUAUACAUUUGGAUCAGAGAAGCCUAGAGAAAUGCUUUGCCCAUAUGCAACCAUUACUAUAGUAAGUAAACGUAAUGUUGAAAGAAUGAUUAGAGUGAAUAUAGUCCCAUACAUCACUACAAAGGUACCAAUGGCUAUGAUAGAGUCACCGAUGAUAGACAUCUUGGCUGACGAUACUUCUACUGGUGAAGGCAUUGAUUUAUUGAUUGGAAAUGACUUAUACUUUUCAUUCAUCAGAAAGAGUGUUGACUUGGGGAAUAACACCUUUCUAGUAGAUUCUGAUUUUGGCUGGUUUCUCGCAGGAAGUGCUACCAACAACACGGAAGGGGACAUUCUAUCUGUGGCUACGUAUUGCCAGUGCCAUGAUAUUAAUCAAGACCAUUUUACAGAACCAGAUCUUCCCCUGCGUACCAUAGACGUCAAAUUCUUAUGGUCACUUGAGAGCAUCGGGAUAUGUGAUUCUCCAAAAACUACAUGUGAGGAAGAAGCUGUUCAGCACUUCAACAAGACUGUCAAAUACAGUGAAGGAAGGUACCAGGUCAAGUGGCCAUGGAUAGAGUAUCCACCAAAAUUGCCUACCAAUUUCGGACUUGCCUUUGGUAGAUUAAAGGGUGUAUUGCGAAGAUCAAAUAAAGAAGAUAAAACAGAAUAUGAGAAAAUCUUAAAGGAACAGUUGGAAGCUAACAUAAUAGAAAUUGUGGAUCCUUCCACUCAAGUCGACCAUCCUGUUCACUAUCUACCUUUUCAUAUGGUUCAACAGAAAGGAAAAAGGGGCAGACUGGUCUAUGAUGCUUCAGCUAAGUUAAAAAACGAGAAAAGCUUGAAUGAGUGCCUGUACAGGGGCCCAAACAUGCUGGAAGACUUGACAGGAUUGCUGCUGAAAUUUAGGAUUGGGAAGAUUGCUGUCACUGCAGAUGUUGAAAAAGCAUUUCUUCAAGUUGGUCUACAGAAAGAGGACAGAGACGUGACCAGGUUUCUCUGGGUCAAAGAUUUGGACAAAGAACUGGCUGAAGACAACAUCAUUCAAUACAGAUUCUGCAGAGUCCCUUUCGGGGUAAUAUCAAGCCCUUUCCUCUUAGCAGCAACAAUUCGAUACCACAUUUCAAGGACUAACAAGAGUCUGCUUCCAGUGAUAGCGGAUAAAUGUUAUGUAGAUAAUUUGGUGACUUCGGUUCAGUCAAGAGAAGAGGCUCUCAAAUUGUAUGCUCAAACUAGAAACUCAUUCAAUGAAUUAGGAAUGAACAUACGAGAUUGGAUGUCGAACGACAAAGAGUUCAUGGACAAGAUUCCCAAGCAAGAGAGAGCUAAACCAGAGAGUGAAAUGAAAAUCCUCGGGUUGGUAUGGAAUUUGAAAAAUGAUACUUUACGUCUCAAUCUGAAUAACGAUACUUUUGAAAGUGAGACUGUAGACAGGGGCAUUACAAAGAAAGGAGUCUUGAGAAUGCUAGCGCGUCUGUAUGACCCAUGA